AUGGUAAGUGUUUGGGUUCGACGAGCUGAUUGUCCGUCCCGCAUAAUCAUGUAUAUUUCUAACGGUAUUGAUUCAGAUUACAGCUGUAAACUGGACGUGAUAGUUCGUGGUUUUGGCGGUUACAACACCCGUGUUACUAAACAUUUCAUCUCGCAUAUCCUGAAAAAUGAAGCUGUUAACAGCAAAAUCGAGCUCAUGACGGUAUUCUUCGGCACCAAUGAUGCCUGUACUAAUGCUGAUGCGUUAGUGUCAAUUGACGACUAUCAAGAGAAUCUAAGAUAUAUUACUGGACAAAUCAAAUCAAUUGGAACCAAACCAAUUAUCAUUGGACCAACACUUCACGGCGGAACGGAUCCAAGUAGAAGUUCGACGAGAAAUUUACAGUACUCCGAGGCCGCCAAGAAAGUGAGUCAGGAGCUCGAGGUGCCAUUUGUAGAUCUCUGGCAUGCAUUCGCCAGCACCCUCGGGUAUAAAGAAGGAGAUAUUCACCCUGGCGAGAAAGGCGGUGCCAAUUGCGAUGAGCUUUUCGUCGACGGCAUUCAUUUCAGCUCCCAAGGAUACAAAAUCCUCUACAACGAACUCCUCAAGACCAUUGAGACCCACUACCCCAAAUUGCACUUCGACAACAUCCCCUCGCAUUUCCCCCUUUGGGAAACCGUCAAAAAGGACAUCCCCGGCUUCAUUGACCACGGCAUCCCUAACUAG